CUGUCUGUCUGUACUUUUUUUUAAUCUCUCCCUCUAAAAAUCAAUCAUUUUUUAACCCCUUUCAUUUUUUUCUCUAGAAUUUUUAGUCAUCUUUUUUUGUUCUUCUAUAGAUUGAAUGGUGGCUUACGAAAUCGAACGUGGUGGACGGAUCUGAGAUUGAAUUAGAUCGGGUAAACAGGUGAAUCGCGAUCGAAGGGAAUUAGGGUUUUGGAUUUGAGAUUCAGGAAAGUUAGGGUUUGAUUUUGGGGGAUUUUUUAGCACAUGGUGAAAGGUAGGUUUUUGGGCGGAUCUAGGGUUCGGAAUCAGUGAAAGGAAGGGGAGGAAAUUGAAGAUAGAAGUAAGGGGGUGGGGGUUGAUGGUACUCGAAGAGGAAAAUGCAAGGCUAUGCAUGGACGGAGAGGAGGUGAAGAGAGGAAAAAGGCACGGCACAUGUGGACACUCCCUACACGUGCAACGGCUGUUCUGAGUGGUGAUGGUGGUGCUUCUCUCUCUUCUUCUUCUUCUUCUUCCUCAUCUACCGUUAAUUUCUUUUCAAAGGAUGGACGCAGGAUCAGCGUUGGUGACUGUGCUCUCUUCAAACCACCCCAAGAUUCUCCACCCUUCAUUGGAAUAAUUCGCUGUCUGACUUCUGAUAAAGAAAACAAGUUAAAUUUGUGUGUGAAUUGGCUUUAUCGACCUGCUGAAGUAAAGCUUGACAAAUGCAUCCUCUUGGAAGCUGCGCCAAACGAAAUCUUUUAUUCCUUUCACGAGGAUGAGAUUCCUGCAGCCUCAUUACUCCAUCCUUGUAAAGUUGCAUUCCUUCCUAAAGACUUUGAACUUCCAUUGCGGAUUUGCUCAUUUGUGUGUCGGCGAGUUUAUGACAUUGCAAACAAGUGUUUAUGGUGGCUAAUUGAUCAGGAUUUUAUUGAUGAACGCCAAGAAGAAGUAGAUCAACUGUUGUAUAAGUCGCAUUUAGAGAUGCAUGCAGCAUUGCAGCAGGGUGGCCGUUCUCCAAAGCUGAUAAAUGGUCCUUCAUCAACAUCACAGUUAAAACCUGGCUCAGAUAGUAUACAAAAUAGUGCUUCCCCAUUUCCCUCUCUGGGUAAGGGGAAAAAGAGGGAGCGUGGUGAUCAAAGCUUGGAGCCCGUCAAAAGGGAAUGCAAUAGUAAAAUGGAUGAUGGGGAUUCUGGUUGUGGUAGACCAGAAGUUAAUUUAGAAUCUGAGAUUGCAAAAAUUGCUGAAAAGGGGGGACUAGAAGAUUUCUCGGGAGUUGAGAAGUUGGUUCAGCUCAUGUUAUCUGAGAGAAAUGAGAAGAAAAUAGAUUUGGUCAACUGGUCAAUGCUUGCUUGUAUGAUAGCAGCUACAGAUAAGUUUGACUGCCUUAGUCAUUUUGUUCAGCUUAGAGGGUUACUUGUUUUUGAUGAAUGGCUUCAGGAGGUCCACAAAGGGAAGAUUGGUGAUGGUAGCGGGUCCAAGGAUGAUAGAUCAGUUGAUGAUUUUCUUUUAACCUUGCUCCGAGCUCUUGAUAAACUCCCUGUAAAUCUUACAGCUCUACAAAUGUGUAAUAUUGGCAAAUCUGUGAAUCAUUUACGUAGUCAUAAGAAUAUAGAAAUACAGAAGAAAGCAAGGAGCUUAGUUGAUACAUGGAAAAAACGAGUUGAGGCUGAGAUGGAUGCUAAGUCUGGUUCAAAUCAGGCUGUUCCCUGGUCUGCUAGAGCUCGUCUUUCUGAAGUUUCUCAUGGUGGAAGCAAGCACUCUGGACCAUAUGAGGUUGCCAUGCAGAGUUCACUAAUCCAACUUUCUGCCUCCAAAACUUGUUCAGUUAAGAUUGCUCAAGGAGAAACCACAACCAAGCCUGCUUCUGCAUCAUUAGGACCUAUGAAGGCAGCAACAUCACCUGCUUCUGCCAGUACAAACUUAAAAGAUGGGGAGGCACGAAAUGCUCCUGUUGGUGGCACCUCUGACCCUCAUGCAAUCACAAGGGAUGGGAAAAGCAGCAGUUCAAGUCAGUCUCAUAAUAAUAGUCAGUCUUGUUCUAGUGAUCAUGGAAAGACUGGGGGGCUUUCUGGAAAGGGGGAUGCAAGAAGUUCUCCCGAUGGUUUAGGAACAGUGGCUAAGAUCUCAGGUAGCUCUUCGCGUCACCGGAAAUCCAUUAAUGAUUUCCUAGGGACAUCAGGGGUUCAAGGGGAAGCUGGAUCAAGCAAAAAUUCUUCUUUGCACAGAAAUCCUGCUUCAGAAAAAAUAUCACAGUCAGGUUUAACGUGUGAAAAGGUGUUGGAGCCGCCUAUGGUUGAUAGUAACAGUCAUAAGUUUACUGUUAAGAUCCCAAAUAGAGGUAGAAGUUCUGCACAAAGUGCCAGUGGAGGAUCUCUUGAAGAUCAUGCGGUCAUGAAUAGCCGAGCUUCUUCUCUUGUGCUUUCAGAGAAACCUGAGCAAUUAGAUCGUAAUAUGAAAGAGAAAAGUGACAGUUAUCAAGCAAAUGUUAUCAGCAAUGUGAAUACUGAAUCUUGGCAGAUCAAUGACUUUAAAGAUGUGCUGACUGGGUCUGACGAGGAAAAUGGUUCACCUGCAGCUGUUCCUGGUGAAGAAGACUGUAGGAAUGGAGAAGAUUCUAGGAAAACAGAUGAUGCUACAAAAACUGCUUCCUCGUCAUCUGGAAAUGAACUUAAAUCAGGGAAACUGCAAGAGGCUUCUUUUAGCUCCAUAAAUGCUUUAAUUGAUAGUGUCAAGUACUCCGAAGCAAGCGGGUGCUUACCAGUUGGAGAUGAUGCCGGAAUGAAUUUGCUUGCUAGUGUGGCUACUGGAGACUUCUCUGAGUCAAAUUUGGCUUCACCUAUUGAUUAUCCGCUGAGAAAUACCCUUCUUAUUGAGCAUUCUUCCACGGGAAAUGAUACAAAAUUAAAAACUCAUUCUGGGGGUAAGAUUGAUCGAAAUCAAAAUCAAAAUCAGUCUGCUGAUGGUGCAGAUGAUCAUUAUCAAAAGCAGGGUGUUGCUGCUGGUAAUUCUUGGGAAAAAAAUGCAGACAGCAAGACUGGCUCAGCUCUGGAAAAAUUUGGAGAGCUGAAUGAGAAUUUAUCUUCAUCAAUAAUGACUUUGCCUCAGAUUGCGGACCAAUGCCUUGAAAAUGGUAAAUUAAAGGAAGUUAUAACUGCGGCUUUAGUCAGUAUGUCUGCAUGCAGUAUGGAGAAAACUACUGAUAUUAGAGAUUCCAAAGAGCAUAUGGAGAAAAAGUCUGUCGGAGUGGAUGAUGAUUGCAGUGUGGAUGCUAAACAAAAGGGGAGCUCUUCUGUGGUGAAUGAAGAGGUCAUUGAUCCAGUUGUAAAAGUAGACAAAGAAGUGGUUGAAGGGUCUUCAUCUGUACCUUCAACUGAAGUUGGUGUUGAUAACAAGAAAAUUGCAACCAAAGGUUCGGAGAGAUUUUCACAGGCUCAUCAGAAGUUGUCAGUUGUUAUUGGACUUUCCAUCAAAGAUACAUAUAAAGAAGCAUUGCCUACUUGUCCUACUAAAGAUAUCACUUUGGAAAAUGUUGAUGUAGCCAAGCCUGAGAAGGAUGUUGAGAUUGAUGCAUCGAGUCAUGCCAGUAAAACACCUGAGUCGGAAGUUAUCACUGCCCAGAAAGGUAAGCACAUGCAGGAGAACAUGCAAUGUAGCGAGGGUCAUGAAUCACCUAGUGGACCAUCUCCUUGUAAGGCAUUACCGGAAACAGAACAAUCUAAGAAACGAAGGGGGUCUAAGGUGACUGGUGUAGAAGCAGGUGAAGCGGAAGAAUGCACAUCAGUUACUAUCGAAACUCCUCGUAUAGGUGUCGCAGAUACAGAUGCAAAAGUAGAAUUUGACUUGAAUAUCGACUUUAAUGCAGAGGAGGGGAAAUCUGUGGAACCAAAUAACUUGAAAGUAGUUGGAUGCUCAGCUCCUGUCCAAUUAAUUAGCUCAUUGGCUUUCCCUGUUUCUUCUGUUUCGGGCAGCCUUCCUGCUUCAAUAACUGUUGCUGCUGCUGCUAAAGGGCCCUUUGUUCCCCUAAAUGACCUACUAAGGACUAAAGGGGCACUUAGUUGGAAGGGAUCAGCAGCUACAAGUGCAUUUCGGCCGGCUGAACCCAGAAAAAGUCUAGAUAAUCCUCUGGGUACAAGUAACACUUCCAUUCCUGAUGCUACUACUGGGAAACAGAGUCGUCCCCCCUUGGAUAUUGAUUUGAAUGUACGUGAUGAGAAAGUCCUUGAGGAUCGUCAUGUUACAGACUCUGCACCAGACUUUUCAAACAAUCGUGAUUUGAAAAGUGAACUGGUGGGUUCUGCACCCUAUCGCUCCUCUGGUGGGCUUGAUCUUGACUUGAACAGAGUUGACGAGCCUGCCGAUUUGGGUCACUCUAGUGGCAGUGGUCGUAAAAUAGAUUCCCCAAUGCAUCAUGUAAAGUCAGCAGUUCGUAUUCUUAAUGGUGGGGCAAGUUUCCGCAGGGACUUUGAUUUGAACGAUGGACCUACUGUGGAUGAGGUGACUGCUGUGCCAUCACUAUUUAGCCAUCAUAGUAGGAACAGCAACGUGCUAUCUCAAGCACCAGUUACUGGCCUGCAGAUAAGUAAUACUGAGAUGGAAAAUUUCUCGUCAUGGUUUCCUGCAGGGAAUAAAUACUCAGCUGUUACUAUUCCGUCAAUUUUGUCUGAUAGGGAACAUCCUUUUCCAAUUGUUGCAACUGGUGGACUUGGAAGGGUGUUGGCCCCCCCUACCGGUGCCACCCUUUAUAAUUCUGAUAUUUACAGGGGACCUGUGUUGUCAUCUGCACCAGCGGGGCCCUUCCCAUCUACUCCUUUCCAGUAUCCUGUGUUUCCCUUUGGAACAACUUUUCCUCUUCCUUCAACCAGCUUUUCUGGCAGUUCAACAACUUAUGCUGAUUCAUCUUCUGGUGGGAGGUUUUGUUUCCCCCCAGUCCAUUCGCAAUUGAUGGGACCUGCAGGUGCAGUUCUGCCCUAUUACCCAAGGCCUCCCUAUGUUAGCCUUCCUGACAGCAGUUAUAAUAGUGGUGCUGAGGGUGGAAAGAAAUGGGGAAGGCAAGGUCUAGACUUAAAUGCUGGGCCUGGAGGCCCAGACAUUGAAGGAAGAGAUGAGACAGCACCUCUUGCAUCUAGGCAUCUGUCUGUUGGCGGUUCACAGGCCCUGGCAGAGGAGCAAGCAAGAAUGUAUCACGUAUCAGGUGGGGUUUUGGAAAGGAAGGAACCUGAGGGAGGAUGGGAUGGAUACAAGCAAUCUUCAUGGCAGUAGGAAUAAUUGAAUAUCACCGUCUACUGGCCCAUUAAAGCUUUUCUUCAAGGAUGGUCAUUGGCUAACCCCCAGAUGUCUUCUAACCUGUGUUCUCUAGAGGAUGGGUGGUAAGUGAGCCAUUUGAUGUUGUUCAUAGUCUGCAACCCCCACCUUUUCGAUGUAUCAUCUGUACUGUAAAAGAAUCUGUUCGAGGUAUUCAAAGCUUUGUUCCUUGAACCCGUUCUGGAUAAAGAUCAUUUUCCUCUUGUAGAUAUCAUAACUGAUGGAAAUCAUGCCCUUAUGUUUCCCGGACAUUAAAAAUUGGUGCCCAUAUUGGUUUUUAGUUCAUAUCUUUCUCGACUUUUUUUUCCCUCUUUUUAUUUUCUUGUUUUCCCAAUUAAAUUGGUCACCGAAUUUUAUACUGAAGCCUUCUCUGAUGUGGCAUGAGUUAGUUGCUGUGGUUGAUGUAUUCAAAUCGUUUAUUUAAUUGAUAAACUCUAAUUGUAGUUGAUACGCUACUGUUUUAAUUGGUGUCAAGUUUGUUUGCUAUCAAUGUUAUUAAGAGUGCAGGGAAAUUUGAUAAUAUCAAAACACUAGUGUGGGCAAGUAUAUGUCAUCUGUUCUUUUGCAGUGUGAA